GGCUAUAGCCAGCUAGUAUUUCGAACUCAUUAAUUGUUAUGUCUACCCAGCGCAGCGAACCAGAGUCCAAUAUUGACCCUCAAGCGCAUCCUGGCGUUUUCACUCGCAUCCGCAGGUCCCUCAGCACCAAAGGAUACUUCACCCCGAAAUCUCCUCGAAGCACCUCUCAACCCGGAACACCUACCAUCAACGAAUCUCCGAUUUCAGCUUCAGCUCCUGUAACGCCGGGAGGUGCGGAGACUCCGAAGGCGUACAACAUGACACCUUUCGAACGGUUUGCGAAUUCGUUGGGGAUGAGAAAGGACGGUAAGGCUCCGGAGUUGGAGUUCCCUCCUGCUCAUUGGGAGGUAGACGAUCAUGACAAAAAGGAGAGUCAUCCAGACGAAUGCACUAGGCUACCAGGGUCAGAUCCUACGUCGCCAGAUGCUCAACGAGACGACAAUGUUCAAACCCCUCCGGAACCUUUGACAAUUGCCCAACGUAUUCAGACCAUGAUCUCGUCACUUCCUCCCCUUUUUGGCACUUCCCUUCAUACUCCACCCGCAUCUACAUCUGCUUCUACUUCUACUUCUACUACAACAGCACCUCCUGUAACCUCCACAUCAACGGACACGACUCAGAAUAACGAACAGCCUGUUCCGCCGGCUAUGGUAUCAGACCCUCAGCUAGUUGCCUUGCUUUCGUCACCUACCAUUAUGAACGGCUCUGCUGACAAGACCCGACCAAGUGUAUGGUCGAUCUUAGACCAGUUGAGAGCGAGAUUACCGGGGCACAUAGCAGAUGACCAUUCCCAGCCAUCUGAAGGACACAAGGAAUCGGCCGCAGAGGGAGCUCAACCUGAAAUCGUGGACGAAGACAAUUCGAGUGUGAUGCUCUAUGCUCCACUCAUUCCUGAUGAUUCGUCUGAAGUUGAACUUGCGAAGUCAGAAAUCCUGAGAGAGCCUGAAGAAAGCCGGGGUCCAGGACCUUCAACUGAAGGAGGACCAUCCCGAUUACAUUUCGAGCACCCAUCUGCGAAACGCGUUUGGGUACCCUCGAGCACCAAACUCUCUAUCCAGGUCAAUUGGUGGGGCUAUCGUCUAUACCUUCCCCCACCCGUUCUAGCCGUUCUCGACGAUAAGAAAAUCGAAGGUACAAAACGAGCUGCUAUGAUCACGACGGCACUCAAAUGGGCUCUCGAUCACGUUCCCAUCCUAAUGGUCCCACUUCAAAUGCGUCCCGCACUGAAAAUGUUGAAGUUGCUCAUACCUUACCUGGCAUAUAUUGGUGUGUUCGUUGCCUGGAGUUGGGCUACGAUCAAGAUGCUCGACAAAGGAAAUGGGGUCGUGUUGACUGCUACUUGGCUUUUGUCUGUGGCACUUAUCCCGAGCACCUGGGAAGAUAAUGAGUUCCCGGAAGUUAUUGCACAACGUAAAGCGGCUGAGGCUCAAGCUCCCGCUCCUUCGACUUCUGCCGGUCCCAAUCCGGCGCCUUAACAACCCUCUGUGUAUCUUUCACAUUUCCACAUACUACCGCUGUCUUGUUCUCUUUUCACCCAUGGACUUUCCUGGAUUAUGUAUGAAUAUCUUGUAUUGCCGAAUAUCACGAUCGUGGAUCUCGUUGUAUUCUUACAUUUUGUAUAUCUAGAUUCUAGUUCGAAUUCUACGAUACCUAUGUCCGUCU